GUUACAUAUAUCGAAUAUUAUCGUACAUUGAAUAUAACUGCAUUUAUCAGAUUGAUCUCUUCCUCUCUAAAAAGAAAGACAUUCAAGAAGAUAUUGGUUUUGGAACAAGUGUCUCUAUAAUUUUACAAUAUUGCAAAUGUGCAUAAUAUAUGAAGAACAGUGUCUUGAUAUAUUUGAAAUCCCUUAUUAUAAAUCAUUGAAGAAAUGGUUGAUAUUAUCAGGAUUAUAUCCACCUAAAAAUAUUAUCAUAAUUUUAGUGGCGAUUUCCAUUAUAAGCGUUACUCUGCCAUUGAUGUUCGCAAUAUACACAUCAUUACAUGCAAAAAAUAUAGAUGCUAUGUUCGAAUGCUUGCCGUCCUUAGGUGUAUGUAUAGUUGCUAUGUUUAAACUGCAAAAUAUAUAUAACAACAGUGAAAACUUCAAAAAAUUAUUUACAUUUGUGGCAAAGCAAUGGUAUCAAUUGAAAUUAAACAAUGAAAUACGUAUCCUGGAAGAAAUCAUCAUGCAAGGCAAUAAAAUGGCACAAAUAUACAAAAACACAUUAUUGCUCUCUAUGACAAUUUUUUUUUUCGUACCAUUAAUUUUUCCUAUUUUGGACAUUGUUUAUCCUUUAAAUGAAACUCGACCAAGACAACAACUAUAUAGAGUUAAUUACUUUAUUUUUAACCACGAAGAUUAUUUUUUUUACGUAUAUUUUCAAUUAGUUUGGAGCUCAUUUGUUUGUGUGAUAGUCAUAAUUAUUUUUGAUUGGUUGUAUAUUCUUAUAAUUCAUCAUAAUAGUGGAAUGUUUGCAGUAUGUGGGUAUCAAAUUCAAAAGAUAUUCGCUGAAAAAGUUUUUUCGAAUAUACAUAUAUACGAACAAUUUAAAAAUUGUUUAAUCGUUCACAGUGAAGCUAUUCAAUUUUUCAGUAUUUUAGACGAGAGCAGUCGAAAUACUUACCUCUUUUUAGUUGGAACAAAUAUAAUGGCAACAAGUAUAUCAGCUGUACAAGUAGUUUUAAAUUUAGAUAAAUUGGAAGUGGCAAUUAAAAGCGCUGUAUUUCUUAUAGCUGCCCAAUUUCAUUUAUUUAUUCUUAGUAUACCUGGACAAAUACUUUUAAAUCACUAUUCUAAUCUAAAAAAUAACAUAUUUAUGUCCUCAUGGUAUAAUAUGCCAAUAGAAGUUCAAAAAAUGUUUUAUGUGAUGCAAAUAAGAUGUAAAAAGCCAUGUUCAUUAACGGCAUGUGGAUUAUACGAAAUGAAUAUGGAGAACUUUGGAACAGUAUGUAUUGCAAUAUAUAAAGUUCUUAAUAAUAUAUAUAUUAACAAAUAUUAAUAAUCAUUUAUAUUUAUUUCGAGGCUCUAAAAACAUGCAUGUCAUACAUCACUAUGAUAUUGUCGCUGAAAUAAUAUUAUCCGUAAAACAUCAAAUCAUAUGCAGAUUUAACAAAAAAUUUUAGAACAAAAUAAACAUGAUUGUAUAUUGCUAGUAUGAAUGUAUGUAUUGAAUAAUUUAAAUUAUAUUAUUGAAUAUAAGAAUAAAAUUGUCAAAUUACAUUUGUUAUAUGAUAUUUAAA